AGCAGAAGCUGCAGAGCGAAUCAAUACAGUGGCGGCUGGAGGUGGAGAAAAAUGUAGUUUCUUUAGAACAGUAUUUCUCCUGAACGUCAACGUCAUGUCCACUCUAUUAUGUACUGGUACCGUUUUCUGUACUUAAAGGCAGCUCCGCUCCAAAAACUCCUUCUUGUCAUUUUCGUCGGCUGAUUAUCCAAUCAAUGGAUUAUCUCUUGUCAUUCUGCCUUUUGCAAUUGCCAAUGCACGAUGCAUGAUGAUCCAGCGCCAGCUACACUAGCCUGAUCGUUCUUUUCCACCUGCAGAGCAUUCCGGGUCUCUUCUUUCUGUGCUUCCUCGAGACCGCAUCCCGAAAGAUAUUGCGGAUUUGCUGAUUGCAGCGGCUGACUUUCUGGAGAUCGUGAAGACGUUUGAGGAGGCGUAUCAACAUGAGUUGGAAACGCACCGCCGCUUAGCGACAGAUAUCCACGGGAUUGACUACGUCGUCGAUGCCGCUGCUGAUGCGGUUGCGCACGCGCUGCAUACGGGCUAUCAUAGCCCACCAACCCAGACCGUGACCGACCAGAUUGCAGAGCAGAUCGGUUUUGUGUUGCCGACCCUUGACGAAUUUGGCUCGUUGCUGUAUACCUUUGGAGGAACGCUGACGGAUUCCAGUGAACAAACGGGAAAAGAAAGGAAAAAUGAAGAGUCGUCAUCACCAACAGGCCGAAAAAACAAAAGUGGAAGUGCUGAGUCAACCAAGGCUAGUCGCUCUGUCGACAAGAUUGGGCACAGACCGCAACAGCGACCGCGGGAGUUCCUCAGGGUGCCUAGCGCCUUCGCAGCCUUGCAUGAUCAGUUUCUAUCGCGCGGGCUGAAGCCACAGCUACUAGCAGAUGUGCAGUUAUAUAUAAAGCACGAAAUGAGAGAUCACUGGUUAGACGAAGAUCAGGCCUUCCGAGAAGCUGUCCCAUCCGAGGAUAAAUCUACAGGAUUCGUUCACGAUUGGAACGAGUUACAGUCAGGCUUGAAAAAUAAUAUUAUAAUAUAAGUAUUCAUCAAAUUCCAAUGCUGCUGCAGUCUAGGGAUCAACCAAUUGGAGAUAGUGAAAGUAAUCCUCGCAAUUUCGGAAAAUAGAGUCGUGAACACCAAAAAAUAUGAGUCACUAGAUUGCUUAUGCUUCAUUCAAACCCGAUGAAGAAUCGGUCAAUAUUUCUGCAUGUGCAUUCUGUAG